UUCCUCUCCCCACGCGGCCACGCCCUAUUUCACUCGUGGGAAGCGGGAGAACAAGCAGAGAAAAACGAAGUGUUUUCUAGGGUUUUCUUGUUCCGAGGGUCUCACACUGUCAGAGUUCUCGUGUUUUGCUGCAAAACAACACCACCUGCGAUGGAUCCUUCAGCUCUAAACUCCGCCGAGUUGCAGCAGUUUCUUGAUCAAGAGAAGCAAAAGGCCAUGGUUAAUGAGAUGGUGGCAAAGCUUACAAAUGUGUGCUGGGACAAGUGCAUCACUGGGACCCCUGGCAGCAAGUUCAGUUCUAGUGAAUCAACUUGCCUUUCUAACUGUGCUCAGCGGUAUAUGGACAUGAGUCUUAUCAUCAUGAAGCGUUUCCAGUCCAUGCAUUGAUAUUUCUUUUCCAAGUAUUGGCCAACUAUGAAAUCAAGAGGUUUUGGCCAUUUUUGCAUGUUGGUUCAUUAUCAGGAGUAUGUAUUCUUAUUUCCUCAUAUUUGACAUUCAAUUUUAUGUAGUUCCAGAGUAAGCAACAAGCUAUUGCUUUCUUGCUGGUUAUCUGGAAGUCGAAUGCAAGUCUUUCUAUUACGCAAACAUUGGACUGAGAAUUAAUGCUUGAGGUCAAGCCCAUCUGAUUAAUAGUUCAGAUAAAGCGAUCUUCACCGUA